CAGGUGCAUGUGUAAAGGUAAAGUCGCGUUGUUCAUUUCGUCCGGAACCGCCGGUCAGACGCUUUGCAGCCUCAAUGUUGCAGCAGAUUGUGUGGCAUGUUGCGGCGAACUAUCAAGCUGUUUUUUUUUUGAUGUAUUGCAGGUUAUGCGUUUCCUGGCUGCAAGAGUAGUUUCACGCAUCCGAGAAGUACACGCCCCUCGGCCAGGUAUAGGAGAGCCAAAGCGAGGCGUUCGCGCGAGGGAAAUUAACCACUAAAGGACACUCCUGCGCAUGUUGCAAAUGAAAUUGAGCAGCUAGUCAACAGGAACUGACAAAAGCACCCAGGGAUACAAUUGGAGAUAAGCCGCUGGACUCGUGUUGAGAGACAAUUGGAAUGUGUGCUCAUGUGU